CAGAGAGAGAGAGAGGGGCGGGGGAGAGGGGAACUGGGGAAGUGAACAUCUAUAUUGGGGAGAGAGACUGUUUAAUUGUUUUGAAUCGAACCGUUUCGAUUUCUCUCACUUUCAUUUUCUUUUAGUUUCAUUGGAUUUCUUCUCUCAAAUCAAUCUCUGUCAAAGAAGAAACAAAGAAAGUGAAGGAAAAAAUGAGGAAACUGAAAACAGAGGCCUAUAGAUCGAAGACAGAUAGAACUUUUCAGAAUUGGCAGCACAGAUUUCUGCGAAAGGUUAAUUUUUCCAAACUGGGAAUCUGAUAUUUUUACAAUAGAUUGCAUUUUGGUAGUGGGUAGUCGAGAUUUGGGCAAAAGAUUGAAUUUUGCCUGGUGGGUAUCUCAUUUUUUCUACAAAAAAUUGGAUUUUAGGAAGAAAGAUUCAAUUUUCGGAAUUGGGUUGUUGACAUUUCUGCAAAAUAUUAGAUUUUUUUUUUCUUCUCUCAAUUGAUUUUAGGAUCAGAGGUUUCUUCAAAAGAUAGGAUUUUUCUUUCACUUUGUAGAGAAAUUGGAUUCUGGAAUUGGGCAACUGAGAUUUCUGCCAUGGACUGGAUAUUUGAAAGUGGGCUCCAAAUGGAAACAACUGAAAUGGAAAAUGUGGAAUAUGUGCCUUCAUCAGAAGGCAUUGAAGAUGAAGUGAUCCAAAAUAAUAAUAAUAUUAACCAGCAUUCUUCAAAGCCUCAUAAUGUGGUGCUUUCUGGAAUUGGCCCCACAAGCGUCCAUGAAUUGCUUGAAUGCCCUGUUUGCACCAAUUCUAUGUACCCACCAAUCCAUCAGUGUCAUAAUGGACACACUCUCUGUUCAACCUGUAAGAUGAGGGUUCAUAAUCGAUGUCCUACUUGCAGACAAGAACUUGGAGAUAUUAGGUGCUUAGCACUAGAGAAGGUUGCUGAGUCUCUUGAACUGCCCUGCAAGUACUAUUUUUUGGGAUGUUCAGAAAUAUAUCCUUAUUAUAGCAAACUUAAACAUGAGGCAGUUUGCAAUUUCAGGCCUUACAAUUGUCCAUAUGCUGGAUCUGAGUGCUCCGUUACUGGAGACAUCCCUCUUUUGGUUGCCCAUUUGAGAGAUGAACACAAAGUGGACAUGCACACAGGAUGUACGUUCAAUCACCGCUAUGUAAAAUCAAAUCCCCGUGAAGUUGAAAAUGCUACAUGGAUGCUAACAGUAUUUCACUGUUUUGGGCAGUAUUUCUGCCUUCAUUUUGAAGCAUUCCAGCUUGGCAUGGCCCCUGUCUACAUGGCAUUUCUUCGUUUCAUGGGGGACGAAAAUGAUUCCCGAAACUACAGUUACAGUUUAGAAGUUGGAGCAAAUGGUAGAAAGCUCGUAUGGGAGGGUAGCCCACGUAGCAUUCGAGAUAGCCAUCGAAAGGUCAGAGACAGUCAUGAUGGUCUUAUUAUCCAAAGAAACAUGGCACUGUUCUUUUCCGGGGGAGAGAGGAAGGAGCUUAAGCUUAGAGUUACAGGAAGAAUAUGGAAGAAGCAGCAAAACCUGGAUGCUGGUGUGUGCAUAACGAACCUUCAUAGCUGAACAAGUUUAUUUGUUCAUAUUUUGCGGUUGCAUAUCUGCAUGUCCACGAGACACUCCAUGAAUGUGUUUAAUUGUGCUUGUUAAUGAAUGAAAUAGCUUUUCACAGCCUUUGGUUUA